AUGGCCUCUAAUAGUCAUCAAAACGUAACGACGACAACACGAAAAGAAAACAACGCGAAGAGGAAAACAACGACGACGAGAACGACGACGACGACGACGAGAGAAUUAAACGAGGCAAACAGGGGCGAGUUAUUGAGAGACUAUUUGCGCAGAUGCUUGUACGACAAGUCGACAGGGUAUUUCAAUCAAAACGGACAGUCUCCGAUUGGGAAAAUUGGUGUUGAUAGCGGGGAAGCCUCACUGCCUUUUCAUUUGAUGGCAGACAAAGAGGAAUACACCGAAACGCUCGCUCAAAAAUGGACUCAAUUAGGUAAACAGUGGUUAACGCCGGUGGAAAUUUUCAAGCCACACUACGCGAAUGCCAUUGCGAGGUAUUUAAUUGAAGAGACAAAGAAGAACCAUACGGCUUCGUUGAAAGUGAUAGAACUCGGUGGUGGUGCAGGAACAGCCGCCGUCGGUAUAUUGAAUUACCUUCGAGCGAACGAACCUCAGAUAUACGAAUCCAUGAAAUAUUGCUCAGUUGAUGUGAGCGAAGUUUCUUUGUCGAUGCAACAUGACGCAAUUUUGAAAGCUAAACAUGAAAACGUGUGGCACCGCACGAGGAAACCAGUGGACGUGACGAUGCAGAAAUGCAAAAACACAGAGGAGAGUUGGCGGGAAAUCGUGCAAAAACACAUGGAUGGCUCAACCGAGAACUGCUUCGUUUUAGGCUUUGAAAUAUUAGAUAAUUUAGUGCACGAUAAAGUCAUCAUGAGUGUGAAAACUGGUGAUUGGAUGCAGGCGAGAGUGAAGCGCGAACGAGAAGGGAAAGACCGGGUCGAAUUUUACGAACCGAUUACGGACGAGGAGAUUAAACGAGUGCUCGAUAAAGUCGUCGAGGUUCGUAAAAGUCUUCCAAUUUGGACGCACUUGAGCGAUGCUGUAAAGCGCAUGUUUAAAAAGCGCGACGUGAGUUCAACCGCGGAUUUGACCAGAAAUCAAACUAUUUACCUUCCUACUGGCUGUAGUUUUGCUUUGCAAAACUUGCGUGAAUUCGUUCCCGGGCAUCGGUUGGUGUUCGCAGAUUUCGACGCGCUUCCCGAGGCGAAAAUGGAUGGAUUAAACGCGCCCGUCGUCGCUUCUCAGGGUACCGGUGGUAAAACUUACGAUAGAAAUUCAUAUUUAGAGGGUGUCGUUGGAAGUUCUGACGUUUUCUUUCCAACAUGUUUUGAUACGUUGAAACUACUCAACGAAAACAAAGGAAUACACCUCACGACGAAAGAGUUCAUGGAGAAAUAUAGCGAACGAGGCGCGUGCGAAACAAAGACAGGAUAUAAUCCGCUACACAAUGACUUUAGCAACACUAGAUUUUAUCUAUCCUAA